UUGGCUCAAACAGCCGCCCGUGGGCGCCCGUUCUCGGGUCCUCCGACGCCCGGGCGGCGUGGCCCGGCGGGGCGCUCGGGCGUCGCCCGGCGCCGGCGAGGCCCUCGGUCGCACUGACAACGUCGAAGUGGCCCCUCGCCAGAGUAACCUUCGCUGCCCACGUGAGCUGAUCCUCUACCCUGGCAUGCCCCUUGCUACAUGUACUGCCCUGUCGCCACCCGUACGAGAAGGCCCCUCCCGCCCGCAGGGCCGCUCCCGCCCCGCAGCCGGAGGGCCGCAGCCGGAGGGGCGCAUGGCCGCCGCCGCGGUGACCGCUAGCGGCGCCGCCGCCCUCGCGGGCCCCGCGGGCCUGCUGCGGCAGGCGCCGGCGGGCCUGGGCGCAGCGCUCCACGACGGCACGGCGGCCAUGGCCACGGGUGUUCGUGGCAAAGCUUGGUGGGCGGGCGGCCCACGGAAGAAGGGGACCAAGAAGCGGCCGAAGUUUAUCUCCAUCGGAGAAUCGCUCUACAGGGUUCCCAACUACAGGACUAGGGGAGCAUUCCGGCGCUUCUUUGGCAAAGACGUAUCUGAGAGGGAGAUGACGGAUUACGCACGUCGGCAACGAUAUGCUGUAGAGAAGUCCAAAGAUGCCAACGGUAAGAAGAAGGCGUCAACACCUUCAUACGCGGUUAUCAGUGAGCUCAGUUCUCCUUAUUCGGCGGCGCGGAGUUUUGCACGCCCUACAGACCAAUUGCCGUACCCGAUGGUCGAAUGAGUUCGCGUAA